GCACAGUGUGCCCUGUAUCACUCGCUUGUUCUCUCCUCACAUCCGCACACAUUGACGUGGCAGUAGGUAUACUGGCAACAUGGCCCCGAAAAAAGUGGAACCCAAGAAAGUAGAGCCUAAGAAACCAGAGCCCAAAGCAGAGGCCAAGGCAGAGCCAGCAAAGGCCCCUGUGCCUGAGCCUCCCAAGGAGCCUGAGGUGGACCUCAAGAGUAUCAUUCUAGAUUUCACGCUGGACCAGAUUGAGGAGUUCAAGGAGGCGUUCACCUUGUUCGAUGAAACACCGACGGGCGAGAUGAAGAUCAGGUACGCCCAGUGCGGAGACCUAAUGCGGGCCUUGGGUCAUAACCCCACCAACACUGAUGUGCUGAAGCUGCUGGGCAAGCCCAAGGCUGAGGAGAUGAAUUCCAAGCUGGUGGACUUUGAGACUUUCCUGCCCAUGCUGCAGCAUAUCUCCCGAACCAAGGAGACAGGGACCUUUGAGGACUUUGUGGAGGGUCUGAGAGUAUUCGACAAAGAGGGGAAUGGCACGGUGAUGGGGGCCGAGCUCAGGCACGUUUUGGCUACCCUUGGGGAGAAGCUGAUGGAGAGCGAAGUGGACCAACUCAUGAUCGGACAAGAGGACUCAAGUGGCCAUAUCAAUUACACCGAAUUUGUCAAACACAUCCUCUCUACGUGAGCUGCUCUUUCUUGAGUCACAUUACAAAUUCUACUUUAACAUUGCCUGGCUCAAAGGACUGAAUGGAACAUAUAUUGCCCUUUCUGUCUGUAUGCUGAACAAUGUUGAUUCCUAAAUAAAUGCCCAUCAUUCUA